UUCGAACAGCUCCACGUAAAAAAACCACGACGCUGCGAAGAGAACACACUAUUCAAAGUGAGACAAACUACUUCACUCGGUGAGAACUGCGGCGGAGAGCUAGAAGAAAACCAGAGACAAAUUGGGGGGCAAGUUGAGCCACAUUCUCAUCGCAUUUAUCUACUGGAUUGCCUGGUUGUUUUUGAAACAUUAGUGAAGUUCAAGGUUGGUCUGUUGCAUCGCUGCUGCGAAGUAUGUACAAGUGACAUUCAAAUGAAAGAAAUCUUUGUGAUAUUGUCAAGAUUUUUCCUGUGUGCGAUGGAGCGAUAUAUUGAUAAUCCCCGAAGGGUGGGAAGUCAAAUGGACGUCUCACUCCCUCUUAGACAAAAAUGUGGAUGAAGGCCCAGCCCGCACAGAAUAUUUCACUACUUGAUUCAACACUCGGAACUCUUGGGCUAAAAUUGUUGCAAAUUUCUCAGUCCUUAUGAGUGACUUUGGAAUGGGUAGCAUGAGCCAAAAUAUGAUUUCCAACUUCACCGAGGUUGGGACAGGGCCCACUUCAGAGCCAGCCCCAACUCCCAUCGGUCUCCCUCCCUUUCCUGGGAAAAACUUUAUCAUUCCGAUGUACUUUUUUAUCUUCUUCCUCUCGUUCUUCGGAAAUCUUCUCGUCAUCCUCACCCUCAUCAAGAACAGACGAAUGCGAACCGUGACCAACGUCCUUCUUCUCAACUUGGCCAUAUCCGACCUGCUACUGGGAGUCUUCUGCAUGCCAUUUACCCUAAUUGGACAGAUCCUGAGGAACUUCAUCUUCGGACAUUUAAUGUGUCGCUUAAUUCCAUAUUUCCAAGCCGUGUCUGUCUCUGUUGCGGUUUGGACGCUGGUGGCCAUUUCUCUGGAGCGAUAUUUCGCAAUUUGCAGGCCGCUACAAUCCCGAAAGUGGCAGACGAGAUCGCAUGCUUGCAAAAUGAUAUUCACGGUGUGGUUCUUUGCUCUUACGUACAACAUUCCGAUCGCCAUCUUCUCUGAGCUACAGCCCAUCCGCGAUUCUGGAAGAAGCAAAUGCCGCGAGGUGUGGCCGAAUUCGGAGAGCGAAAAGACCUUCAACCUGAUUCUGGACGGACUCUUGUUUAUCUUUCCUCUCGGUAUCAUGGCCAUGGCGUAUUCUCUCAUCGUGUCCAAACUCUGGAAGGGACUUCGGAAUGAAAUUCGUCACACACGCUCAUUCCACAAAUACGGAGGACAAACAAUGGUUCCUCGGGACAACUCACUGGAACUGAGUACACACAGCCAAUACUCAACCUACAAAACGGACCCCCUACAACGAAGGGAAGGUGUGACGAGCGAGAUCCUCACGCUUCGAGGUGGAAAGGGAGUGGUCGUCCGGUGGAAGAGGAAGGAUGCGGUUGAGGUGUUGGAGGGUCAGCAGCAGCACCAUCAAGGCAAAUCGAGCAUGGAUAUCAACCACAUGAACCAACAUCACCACGGUCACUCUAGCAGCACUAACCAUUCCACGGCAGCCAUUGCCCACAAAUCUCAGUGUCCAAGAGGUCCCAAAGUGUCACGUGCCAUUCGAAGCACGUACACCGGAAAAAGCAUCGAGUCAAAGAAGAAGGUCAUACGAAUGUUGUUCGUUCUGGUUGCGGAAUUCUUUUUAUGUUGGACUCCACUUCACUUUGUGAACACUUGGUAUCUAUUCGACAACGAAACUGUUUACAAGCUGAUUGGUCCACUGGGGGUCGUUCUAGUCCAGCUUUUGGCCUACGUAUCCAGCUGCUGUAAUCCGAUAACUUACUGCUUCCUCAAUAGGAAGUUCAGACAAGCAUUCCUCAAAGUAUUCCAGUUGACCAGUACAAAGGGCAAGUCAGGGCCGCCAACUAUUGGACGUGGAUCUGACCUCUCGGCCAAUGACAGUCUCAUCUACGGAGUUCAAGGGAGCACUUAUAACAAGUCCGUGCUGGUUCUGGAAUGCGAGAAUCGUGUUUAGCGAAGGCUUCUGGGAAUCGCUGAUCAACUUACCUUCUGCAUGUAGCGGUUCCCGAGAUAGAAUAAAGAAAAAUCAGGCCAACGCUAACACCUCCGGUUCAGGAUCGCAGACUCACUCCCGAGAAGAAGAAGUGACGAUGGAGCUCCAGUCGGUUGCAGAUGUGUACGUGGAACCGAUCCCGUCGCCCCACAAUUGUCAGACGACGAGCCUAAUGUCCGUGUCCCCCCACUGCUCCACGGCCCAUCCCCUUUUCGUGUCUCCCACAACAGAGGAUUCUGUCCCUCCUCCUUCUCUCGACUGUGAGGAGGAGGACGACGAGGAUGAGGAAGAGGAUGAAAUGCAUGACGAUGACGAUUUUGUUUACCGCAUCAGUUGGAAGUCCCCAGGUAAAAGUGUGGGUAUCAAGACGAAAGAUCUUCUGUACUCGUGAGCGUAUGCUGGUCAUGUCCCAAUUCAAUGAGACAAGUCAAUUCCAGCACCACCAUCGCACCGCCGCCACCACAUAAUCAUUCCGGGUUGGAGAAAUUCGGUUACCGUCACACUUCAUUAUCUGUUCCUUUCUUUACCUGAAAACCAGUGGUGAAGACAUAACCGCGUUUCACAGAAUUCUGCCCCUUUUGUCUGGCCCAUGCCAUUUGUGAUUAUCAAGAUGUAUGAACUUGGAAAGCUUGAUUAAAUUGUAAUGCUCACGACGAUUGUAAGUAAGGUUGUAUGCUGUAUUGCGUGGUACUUCUUUAUAUGUAUAAAUAGGUGAUGAGGGUUCAAUGCAAUAGAUUAAGCAAGACUCGACUCUACUUAUUUACUUUGCAAGGAUUUCGAAUGAUAUCAAAUAAUUUUACUCAGUGUUGUCUUCCGUCCGCUUUUGUUCCCGACGUACUACGAGUUUCAAACAAAACUCAAUCUUUGGAUUGAAUAUUCCAGUCACGUGGUCAUAAGUCAAAUCUCCAGAACGAAAUUGACAAGGCGAACACAAUGACGGGUGGUAGUUCUAAUUCCAGCAAGAGCUUCAUGAAAUGAAAAUAAGGGUAACUUUUAACUAUACAAAUAUUCACACCUACAAAAAAAGAAACAGCAACAUCACAUUACAAAAAUAUUAUUACAAACUUGGUAAUCUUAGCGUUUUUCAUUAUUACAUAAUAUUCACGUGCAUGAAAUGAUUCUCAUAAAUUUUCCGAAUUGUGGAUAUUUCAAUAAUUGAAAUGUCAAUAUGUUUAUGGAUGUCUUGUCUAAAAAGGGUAAAAUAUGUUAUGAUAUGUGAAUACUAAUGAUAAGUAUGAUGUAAUAUGAUGAUCUUGCCAAUGUCUAAUCUAAUAUUGAGUAAUUCUUUGAUUAAGCCAAACCUUAUGCUUAUACAUAAAAAUAUAUAAUACAUUCCAACUCGAUAUAAUAUCGAAUUUUUCCUCUUUAACACCUAGCCUACUUUUACUCCAUUUACAUAUAAAUGAUGUGUAACUGACCUUAUACAGAUAAGUACGUGUUUGGGUGCUACGAUACAAUUUUGACUUGUGUAAGUAUUAUUCCUCAACGUUUUCUGACUGCAUCUUUCAGCCAUUCUCUCGAGUUUACGCAUAACAAGAGCUACAUACAUACUGUUACAUCGAGUUUUUAAAAUUUAUGGUGACUAUGAUUGCCUGUGUCUGAAAUAAAUUGUAUCAUCUACCAAUUCAUCGUACGGAAGUUGUAACAUUUAAACAUUUACACUAUAUAUAAUUGAAUGAAAUUACGAUAUUAUUUGUCUCAACGUGAAUGAUCACCGUCGCCGCAUGGUACCUUUUUCCGAAACAUACUAGUGAUACUUAAAAUGUUAUAAUUGCCGUGAUCGGUAUUCGAAAUAAAUGCAUACUGCCGAAUGCUGGCCAUUGCGGCAGAAAGGAAAUAUAUACAAAAAAUAAAUAAGUUCAGAUUGGAAUUAUACAUGUAUUUAAAGUCUUGUAAAAAAAAAUAUAAAAAAUUAAGAUCAGUGUUAUCAUCAUCAAUCAAAAUGUUAUUCAACCUUAAGGACUAAUUCGAGUAAAUUGAAUAACAUAUUAGUGUAUAGUACAUAUACAUUGAUUUGAAAAUUGCGGUAAUGAGUGAAUUAAGUGAGGAAGAUGAGAAGGAAACUCAUUGAAUUUUGAAAAGCCAAUUGAA